AUGGUGUACACGCCCAGCGCCUACCUCGUCACGGCGGCCGUAGCCCUCGUGAUCACGAAGAUGCAGCAGACGGCAGCUACGUCAAUGUACUACGACCCGGAAAUGGCCACCAACGCGACGGACGAGAUGGGGAGCAAGUUCCCCGGGCGUGGUGUGGAAAUGCCCAAGGAAGACUUGGCCUACACGGUGCACGUGGACCCGACGCUGCCGGACAUUACGUCCAUUUCGUCUGUGCCUGUGCAGUACCCGGACUUGCUGGGAAAAGCCUCGGUGGGCCCGGUCGAGCCGGUGUCGACCAAGGUCGGCACGGGCGUGCUGUCCCGUCCCCUGCCAUCGCUGGACGCCAACCAUGACGGCUACAUUGACGAGAUGGAGUUGGCGGCGGGGACGUUGCCUGCUGUCGUUGCGAAGACGCCGUUGUUGGACUUGGCGCACGGUGCGGCGAAGAACGCAUCCGACUGUGCCACUGGAUGGGAGAAGACCAAGCAGGAGGACGAGGACUCGAAGAAGAAUCGCCGGCUCGAGGAAAUUCACACCAGCCGACCCCUGACUCAACUGGCCAAUCACUUUGGCAAACCAAUGGUGACCAAGCUGGCAGACCUGCCGAUGGAAGGGUCGAAAACACACGCGCCUUGGCCGGGUCCGUACUGGGCCAUGGGUGGCGACAACAUCAAUGUCAACUGGACGAGGGAGAUCCUCAUGAGUCCGUCCGAGAAGUACGCCAAGGCGUUUGGUCUGGACGUGAAGACUGUCCAGGAUGGGGUCUCGCUCUCGCUUGGCAUUGACGGCGCGCCAUCCAAAGUCUUCUGCGAAGAGGCAAGCUUUUGCACGACCAACUACGGUCCUGACGUUAGUUGCGCUCGCCGUGCCCCGACGACCCAGGGCUUCUGCAUUGCAAAUUGGAACGGGGCGUGUCACGCCUGGGCACCCUGUUCCAUCAUGGAGGAAGAGCCGCGGUGUCCUGUGAUCUACAACGGCAUCACGUUCACGCCACUUGACAUCAAGGGGCUGCUGACAACGCUGUACGAUGAGUCGCGUGUGCCCAUGGUUCUCAUUGGUACUCGGUACUACAGCGAACCCGACUCGAAGGACGAGUACGGUCGUCACACGAGUCCCGCCUACCGUGACCUCAAUCCUGCCAUGUUCCACAUUGCUGCUGCCAACAUCUUGGGCAUCUUCCACCACUCGUUUGUGGUUGACAAGUCGGCGAACGGAGAGGUGUGGAACCAGCCCGUGCGUGGCUACAAAAUCUACGAGCAGACUAAUAUGACGCUGGAGGAGGCUGCCCAGACGUUUUACGGCCUCGAGAAGUACCCGUGGAACGCUGCUGCCAAGAGCAUUGUGUACAUCAAGAUGCGCCUGUCGUGGGUCAGUGAGUCGAACGAAGAGGGCAGCAUGUUGGAGACUCCCGGUAUGUUGGACAAGUACACCUCGGGUGAGUACUACAUAUACCUGCUUGAGAUCGACGGAGACGGAAACAUCAUUGGUGGCGAGUGGUUGUACGAAUCAAACGACAUCCACCCCGACUUCUUGUGGUUCCCCAAGGCAAAGCCGGCGCUUGACGUGGUCACCUCGUCGGGUCUGAGUUACUCCGACUUGAUCAUGCUUUUGGAAAAGUCGAUCGCGUGCAUUGGCCAGUAA